AUGGUAAUUGCGGUCUCCCGACUGGCCUUCUGGGUAGAGUCUGUGCGAGUGGGAGUGGAAGCGAGUCGCUCGCUCUCAGACAGCGUUCAUUUAUCCUGCGCACGGCACUCCCCAAACAGCUCCGCGUCCUGGCUGCGGAACGGGGUCUUCGUUCGAGGGGUCAUUACUUUUUAUCAGGCACGGGACGUAUUCACGGAACCAAGACGGCGUGCUCAAACCCAACAUGGCGCUGCUGCGAGGGCAACAUCUUUUUGUGAUGACAAGACUGAAAGAAACCUGGAAUUAACACGAAAAAACUACGCCGCUUAUACCAUGGUGGAUGCAAGGUUAACUCCCCUGGCUGCUAUCGGACUGGAACGAGGUGCCUUGAUGCAUGAUGGACUCCGCCUCCACAGCGGAGUGGUUUAUCCAGGGAUCCGGGCGCUACCUAGUGACAAGAGUCGAGAGACUGCUGGCCUCCCCCUUGGUUACAGCAGGGAUGGUCUCCCAGAGCUCAUUUAUAAACCUGAUGCCUCACUGGACAGCCGUAAACCUACUACUGGAUAUCUUGGUCUCUACAAGGGGACGCCCCCUAACCUUCACAAGCCUGUGAUGGUUCCUGGAGCGGAAGGGCUAGGAUUGGAAUGUCGAAUGGGGCCAGGGGAAAAGUCUGCAGAACUGGGCUUGGCUGGUGCAGGAGGCGGCUAUCUACGCCUGCCUUGGCUCAGCCCUUACCCUGAAGCUAACAUGUAUCCAUUCAUGGAAUCCUCCAAAUUUGCAGCUUUAAAUAUGUAUAAGGCUUCUCUCCUGGGCCAGCCCAACCCCUAUCUCACCCAACACCUGGCCUAUCCCUCUCUCUGUGCUGCUCAGGGGGGCAAUGUAGCACCAGCUGCAGCCCCUUCACCAAGUGACAGGCUCUACUACAUGCCACCUUAUCCCCCCUCUCCCAUCUCAUCCCCGCUGGGGGCCCCACCAAUGAGGAUUCCAGCAGAGACAGGUUCUAAGUUUCCAGGUUCUGUGGAGCUAAAUGCCCAAGUAGAUGACAGUUUGGAGGAAAGCUGUCCCACACCAGAGCCUGAUGACCAAGACCCAAGUACACUGCACUGUGCUCGUACAUCAGGCGAAUGGAUCUCCAGGAAAGACAAAGGCCUCCUGAACAGAAGUCCUGCCCUUGCUUCAAACGCAGACACGAGGAAGGACUUUCACCCGGAAAACGUUGGUGCCGAAACGCUGUUUGAGAAGGAGGACAGUAUUGUUGAUCUCGGCGAGUCUCAUGGAGAAGCCGACGAAGAGGAUGAUGACUGUAAUCACAACUCUUCUAAAAACCGAGGAUCCAGCUUAGCAAAGAGAAUAGCCAAUUCUUCUGGCUAUGUUGGAGAUCGCUUUAAAUGUGUGACCACUGAACUGUACGCAGACUCCAGCAAAUUGAGCCGUGAACAAAGAGCACUACAGAUGGAAGUCAUAACACAAGAGGGGAGUAAUCGGGCCAUGAUGCGCUUUUCAGAGCUGGAGCUGAAGGAGAAGGAGAGCGGCGGUGUGUGUGUGUCUGCCUCAGCAGCGGGACGCGAGCUGGCAGACGGCCAGCACAGAGAGCAAGCACUGGAGCCCAGCCAAGGCAGCACCAGGCAAGGAGAGCGAGACGGCUGUCGAGCUGCUUUUACCAGUAGGCUCCCAGUUUUCCAGAAACAUUGUGUACAGAAAGACGCGUUAUCCCCAGGACAAGCAAAUCAUGAUCCUGUGCGAAGCACCAGCCUCUGUUCUUUAAAAGAUGUGAACAAGAAGCCGACUAAAGACUCGGAGGGACACUGCAUGCAUCCUGCUUUAACAGUGGCCAAAGCUCACACUGAGGAGAGGUUUGAGCUGGCCAGAAAACGGCCCAAACCGGAUCCGGAGGACAGGGAUAGGGAUGAAGAGAGACGAUUUCAUCUUGAGAAGAAGCCAAAGAUUUCUCCUGAUGGUCAGGACACCACAGACGAUGAUGAUGAAGUUCACAAGCUCAAAGUGUGCAUUGAGCUCAAAGGCCUCCGACUCAGUAAACCCACCACUGGCGCACCUUCACCGGACAGGCCUCCAAUCAAGCAUGAGCGAGUGUGGCACCAGAGCCGGGUGAUGUCCUCCUCACAGAGUGCUCACAAGUUCCGAUCCAACGACGCAGAAGACAGGCUUGCAGCGCAACGGGCGGAAAUCAACAGGAAAUGGGGCUGCGAGAAACUCAAUGGAGCUGCUCCCUCACUUUCCCCGGGCCAACUAAAGGAUAGAGUGCAACUCCCAAACCCUUUCUCAGGUGACCGAGGCCACAAGGAGCACAGGAGAGGCCCUACAUCUCCGAGCCAGGAUUUGACGGUGGGAGGGCUCAAUCUAUUCAAGGCUCGCCGCCACAGCGACGCAGACAAGCCCAAGGGAAAACGGCCAUGCAAGACCAAGCACACAAGUCAGAAGGAACGAGAGCGGGACCGCAGGAAAGAGUCUACACCAGCGAGUCCAGGACAGCGCUGCAUGACAGAUCUCGGAGCUCAAGAGGAUGGCAAGUUGAGUGAAGUGUGCGGUGUCCCAAGGAAGAGAGCUGUGUCUCCAAACUACUACCCCUCCUCACCGGUGAAGCCUUUCUCUCCUGCUUUGCACUGCCCUCCAUCCUUGCAACCUCAGACAAAUGGCAGAGUGGGUGGAAUCCCGCCAACAGAAGGUGCCGUGACGCUCAAGACCCCCCCCACUGAGCCUCCUGUGUUGCGCCCGAUCCCGCCUGAGGCUCGGCGGCUGAUUGUCAACAAGAAUGCUGGAGAGACACUGCUUCAGAGAGCUGCGCGGCUCGGCUAUGAGGAAGUUGUUCUGUAUUGUCUGGAAAACAAAGUCUGUGAAGUCAACCAUAAAGACUACGCCGGUUACUGCGCUCUCCAUGAGGCCUGCGCUCGGGGCUGGCUCAACAUCGUCCAACACCUGCUGGAUUAUGGAGCAGACAUCAACUGCAGUGCUCAGGAUGGCACCAGACCGAUCCAUGAUGCCGUGGAGAAUGACCACCUGGAUGUAGUGCGGGUGCUACUGUCCUAUGGAGCUGACCCUACGCUGGCCACAUACUCUGGCCGUGGCCUGCUCAAGAUGACCCACAGCGACAGCAUGGACCGCUUCCUCACUGAUUACUUUGCAGACCUUCAGGGCCGCUCAGAUGAUGACCCUGGCCUUUAUUGGGAAUUCUAUGGCAGUGCUGUCUGUGAAGCCACAGAUGAGUGUGGCAUCUACGACAUCCUGGCAGACCCCCCUGGUCCAGAUGAAUGUGACGAGGAUGACAAAAGAGAAGUCUUUGAGUUUGAAUUCUCUGAUAGACCCCUGUUGCCUUGCUACAACAUUCAAGUAUCUCUCUCCCAGGGCCCAAGAAACUGGCUGCUUCUUUCAGACGUGCUUCGUCGUUUGAGGAUGUCGGCUCGUGGUUUUCGGCAGGCCUUCCCCCACAUGGAGGUGGUGACGGUGGCAGAGGCUGAAUUUUAUCGGCAGGCGUCUCUGUCGCAGCUCUUUUCUUGCCCAGAAGAACUGGAAGGUUUCCAUUCAGACAGCAAGGAGCUGCUGGACUUGGUGGAAGACAGUGCUGAACUCGCUGCCCUGCUGGGCUCUUCACUGGAAUGUUUGGACGACCGCUGGGAUCAUCCAGGGGAUAAGUUAAAGGAUAAAAUCAAGGCUAUUGGGAAGUUGGUCUCCUCCUGA